AAGAAAUGAUCCGUAUCGACUGUUUGCAUAUCAGACUCAAUCGGCUUCUAUUACUUGUAGUUGGUCUAUGGCCUUAUCAGCAAUCUAAAUUCGUCCGACUUCAAUUAAUUUUACUUUUUGGAAUUUUGGCAACUUUCAUUAUAUUUCAGUUUACGGUAUUAGUGACUAACAAUAAGUGUACAUCGGAUUUACUUAUCAGGGUUUUCUCUUCUGCAUUGUUGUACAUUAUUUUUGCAAUUAAAUACAUUUCAUUUAGUAUUAAUACUGAGAUCAUAAAAUGUUUGUUAGAGCAACUGCAGCAUAUCUAUAAUGAGCUAUCCGACAAGAAUGAAAUUGGCAUAAUAGAAAAAUACGGUAGUUAUGCAAAACGUUACACGGUUGUAUUAUUAUAUCUUUUCGUGACCACGGUACUUUCUUUAAGUUUAUAUUUAUUUUGUCCGUAUAUUUUCAAUAUCCUGUUCUCCAAAAACGGGACUCGAUCACGUCCUUCGUUGCCGCUUAUGACCGAAUAUUUCGUCGAUCAAGAAAAAUACUUUUAUUUGAUUUUAUUCCACACGUACAUGGCUUUUGUCAUAGGCAGUAUUGCAAUGUUAGCGAUAGGAACAAUGUUCAUAGUUUAUCAACAGCAUGCGUGUGGAAUGUUUCGAAUUGCCAGUUAUCGUAUGACACGAGCAAUGGUACUCGAAACUCAUCAAAAGAGAAGCCUGCAGAAUGAGAAUUUGAUUUGUAAGGAAAUAAUUUGUGCCGUGGAUAUGCAUCGCAAAGCUAUGAAAUUCUUUGACUAUUUCAGAUCUAAAUUUCAAGUAAUGUUCUUCCUUUUGAUAGUAGUCGGCGUGAUUUGCACAAGUCUCAAUUUUUUCAGAAUUUUUCAAGUGGUAUCAGUUAAUGAAUAUGACAUUGUGGAACUGUUGUUACCCGUAUUAUUCAUUGUCAUCCAAAUCAUAUAUAUGAUAAUGACCAACUAUUUGGCGCAAGAAAUUACGGAUUAUAAUAACGAUGUAUAUGUCGCCGUGUACGGGAGAUAUUCAGAUAACAAGAUCACAGACCAGAGACUAAUAUUACGUAGACUGCUAGAUUGCUAUAGUAUAACAUUCAAUGGUAUGCGGCUCCAUUGCAAAUACAGAAAAUGAUAGUAUUCCUAUUGCAAAGGAGUAACAAGGCGUUUAAUAUAGAUAUUGCUGGAUUGUUUGUCGGAUCAAUAGAAGGUGCAGCUACGUUGUUGAGCACCGCAAUAUCAUACUUCACUGUUCUUUAUUCUACGAGACAUUGACGGCAAGAUACAUUAAUUAAAAAUAUUGUAAAAAAUAUAUAGAGAUUAUAAUUAUAAUUAUAAUUAUAAUUAUAAGGAGAUGUAGUGUUAUCUACUAUCUUGAAAGAAGUAGAAUUGAUAGAUUAAAUAGAUAAA